AUGGAAGGCAGCAGCUUAACGGUGGAUAAUUUCUUAAAAGAUGGAGUUUGGGUUACUUUCAAGCUGAAAGAGUUCUUUGAGAAUGAUUUAAUUAAUCUUAUCACCUCUAUUGAUAUACGAAAUGGUGAAGAUAGUUUAGAGCUUAUGUAUAAUCUCUCAGGUAUUGAGGGUGCUAAUCAACCACCGAGGUUACUGAACUCUUGGCUUUCUCCUCCAUCUGAUUGGAUUAAAGUAAACAUAGAUGCUGCUUUUCACAAUUCAUACAAGGCUAGUAUCGGUGGAGUGUUUAGAGAUCACUAUGGAAGGUUUUUGUUGGAUUUCGGAAAGCCUCUUACUCACUGGGAUGCUGUAGUAGUAGAGCUUCAAGUCAUCCUUGCUAUUAAACUUGUGAUUAAAGAAUGGAUGCUACACUACAAAGGCCUUAUCAUUGAAGGGGACAACAUGAAUGUGAUCAAUUUCAUCAAGGAGAUGGUGAAGAAAGGUGGUAAUGAUUCGAUUGACCUCUCUUUUAUUAAAGAUUUUGAUUUUGUAGUUUUUAAAUGUGUAGAUAGGGGAAGCAAUAAGUUAGCCAAUCUUUGUGCUAACUUUGCUUGCUUUAGCUCUUUUAUUUGGAAUAAUGUUACUUUGAGUGAUAUCCCUCCUUCCUUCAUUACUCUUUUAGAAGAGGAGUCAGAUAAUUAUAGAAAGUAA